GAAAAGUGUGUGUUCAACAUAUGGCUUCAAAGAGAAUAACGCGAUGGAUGCUUGGUGAAGCAUGGCGGUGAAGAUGGUUAGAACGCACUUCCCGGGGCCACCGUCAUGGGGCCGGGUCAAAUGCCCGAGCGUAAUCGGAACCGGAGUCCUUCAUCUGCUGCUGCUGUCGACCUGUCUCGGCCAGGACAUGGAAGACUGGCAAUAUGAGGAAUGUAAACUGUCCCGGUCGGGUCCACCGGCUACCAUUGUUGCCAUCGAUGAAGAAAGCCCCAACGGAACGUUAUUGGUAGAAAACAUGCAGAUAAAUGGCGUGGCGGAGGGUCCGGGGCGUACCAUCUCUCUGUCGCUGCUGGAUAACCACGACUACUGGGUGAUCCUGGACCCUUCCAAACAAGCCCUCUACCUCAACAGCACCGGGCGUGUUCUGGACAGAGAUCCCCCCUCGUAUAUUCAGUCCAUCGUGGUCCAGGUCCAGUGCACCAACGAGCUGGUCGGCACGGUGAUUUUACAUGAAGUCCGCAUCGUUGUGCGAGACCGCAACGACAACGCACCGCAUUUCCAACAGCCGAGAUACUACAUCGCCGUCAGUGAGCUGACGCCAGUGGGCACCACUAUCUUCUCUGGCUUCUGGGGGAAGAACGGGGCAAAAGACAUCGACGACGGUCCCAACGGACAGAUAGAGUACACCAUCCAGUUCAACCCCAAAGAGCCGACAACCAACAGAACGUUUGACAUCCCUCUGACGCUGUUUGGUGCUGUGCUUCUCAAAGAAAGACUCAACUAUGAGGAGAUAACGCGGUACCUGGUCAUCAUCCAGGCAAAUGACCGAGCCUCCUAUCCCAGUGAGCGCCGUACGGCCACCACCACCCUCACCGUGGACGUACUGGACGGCGAUGACCUGGGUCCCAUGUUCCUGCCGUGUACGCUCAUUGGAAACACCCGUGACUGCAGUCCCAUCACGUACAGGGCGAACGUCCUGGAGCUGACGGAGCCCGUAAGUGUGAAUCCCGUCAAUGUGACUCCAACCAUUCACGCUGUGGACCAAGACAGAAACAUACAACCUCCCUCUGAAAGGCCAGGGCUCCUCUACUCCUUCCUCAUUGGCCAACCAGAGUCCUAUGCAGAAUAUUUCAGCUUGAACGGUACCACCGCAGAGCUCCUGAUACUAAAGCCCAUCGAUAGAGAACUCUACCGCAGAUUUGAUCUGGUUAUCAAGGUAGAGCAGGACAACGGCCACCCCUUGCCAGCUUUUGCCAACCUCCAAAUCGAAGUUCUGGAUGAAAACAACCAGGCGCCCUACUUCCUGGAGACCAGUUACCAUGGCUACGUCAGUGAAGCAUCACCAGUGGGAACCACCAUAGCGACCACUGCCAGCCUGUCUCCACCGCUGGCCUUCAUUGCCCUGGAUAACGAUGUGGAGGAGACCAGGGACCCUCAACUCCAGUUCUCAUUGGACCGCUACGCUCAUGUUUUCUCUGUGUCCGCGACUGGAAUCCGACGAUAUCUCACCCUGGUGGAGCCGCUGGACAGGGAGACCCAGGACUCCUACACAUUCACGCUCUUAGCGUCCGACGGCGUCCAGCAGAGCGUUCCGGUUACCGUGGCGAUAACGGUGUUGGACGCCAACGACAACACUCCGACUUUUGCGAAUGUUUCCUACGACGUCAACCUGUUUACUGAUGUGAUGCCCGGAGAAACUGUGAUGCAGCUGGCAGCAGUGGACUCCGAUGCAGGUCCCAACGGUCAGGUCACUUACCGCAUCAUCGCUGGUGACCAGGGACAUUUUCUUAUUGGCAAAAGCACCGGGGUUAUUACUGUGGCGCCAAGCGUUGAGCUCACUGUGGGGCGGGAUUACGCUUUGACCGUAGAAGCCACGGACAACGGGCCGGCUCCGCAGAGGAGAUCAUCCAUUACGACAGUCUAUAUUGAAGUGUUGCCCCCAAACAACCAGAGCCCCCCACGUUUCCUCCGACAACAAUACAAUCUGGAGAUCAGCGAAGCGAUGAGGACUGGAGCGACGCUGCUUAAUCUGCAGGCAGUGGAUCGUGAGAGGGACCCCAUCACAUACACAAUCCUCACGGGAGACGGCUUUGGACAUUUUGCUCUGCAGCAGAACUCAGGGUCUUUGGUGCUGGACAAGCCUCUGGACCGGGAGUCAGUGGAUUAUUAUAACCUGGUGGUCACAGCCUCAGACGGACACCCGGAUGGGACCUCCACUGUGACGGUGAGCGUCGUGGUGACGGACGUCAACGACAACGACCCGCGCUUCGAUUCUUCACUGCCAGUGAACCUCACGGUCAUCGAGGAGCAGGAUCACGCCUACGUUGGACAGGUCAAGGCUACAGACCCGGAUCUGGGGCCGCGCGGUCAAGUCCACUAUCGGCUCCUCAACCACCAGAAGCUGUUUAGCAUCAAUGCCACCGGAGUGAUCAGAACGACAACGCCUCUGGACCGAGAGGUGAAAGGUCACUACUUUCUGAUCGUAGAAGCCUGGGACAGUGCGGUGGACCCUCGGCGAUCCAGAUUAACGCUGUCCGUCACCGUCCUGGACGUCGAUGACAACAGCCCGAUAUUCACCCAACAAACAUACAACGUCACCCUACCGGAGAACAGCCCCAAAGAUACAGUCAUACUACAGCUAAAGGCGAUAGACGCCGACCUCGUCUCCAACCUCACAUAUCGAAUCAGGACGCGGGGCUCGGACCAGGGGAUUGCUCGGCUGUUCCGCAUUGACCCGGUGACGGGAGAGCUGUCGGUUCUCAGAGUGCUGGACUAUGAAGCUCUGAGUGAACCAGAGCCCACAUUCACAUUCACAGUGGAGGCCACGGACACAGAGGGCAGCAUGCCUCCGGGACUCGCCUCCGUUACUGUCUGGAUCACGGACAUGAAUGACUUUUCCCCGGUAUUCAGCCAGUCGGUGUACCGAGGCCUGGUCGCCCCCAAUGCUUUCAAGGGAACCAUCGUAACCACGGUGAUGGCCAAUGACUCUGACCCUGCGGGUACCCCGGCAGGUCGAGUGCGCUUUAAAGUGAACCAGGAGGCUUUCCCAUACUCCGCCAGUUUAUUGGAUGUAGAGGAACGGACAGGAAAUGUUGUAACCAGAGUUAACCUCAACGAAGAGCCCAACCUCAAGUUCAACCUGGUGGUGGUGGCGUAUGAUGAUGGUGAGCCAGUGAGGGAAAGCACAACUCGAGUAGAGAUCACGGUCCUUCAGCCCUCUGUCAUUCCUGUGUUCACUCAGGACAAAUACAGGUUCCCACGGGUGAGCGAGGAGGCUGCUGUUGGGACCCCGGUGGGAACCAUCAUGGCGGCUGCUGUCAAUCAAACGAUCGUCUACUCCAUCAUCGAAGGCAACCAGGGAGAUGUGUUUGCGCUGAAUGAAACGACAGGCGUGAUUUCCACAGCCAAGCCCCUGGACUACGAGGCCAACUCCUCCUACGUCCUGAAGGUGGAAGCAGACUCCAUGAAGGUGGUGUCCACCAACCGCCGAGUGCCCUCGAAGACCAACACAGCGAAGGUGGUAAUCGACAUCCAGGAUGAGAACGACCACCCGCCGGUUUUCACCCGACCUCUUUACAUCGGCGGGGUUGCAGAAGACACUAAAACGUUCACCUCUAUCUUGCACAUACAGGCACGGGACAAAGACACCGGCAACUACAGUUCUAUGAUGUACCGGCUCAUCAUCGCCCCUCCCACCGGUAAAGACACUAAAAGCAGCAAAGACGGCUUCAUCAUCGGACCGUACAGCGGCGUGGUGAAGACGGCGAUCAUGUACCGCAACAUGAGGCGGUCGUAUUUCAAGUUUGAGGUGGUUGCUACAGACGACUAUGGUCAAGGACACAGCAGCAAGGCGGAGAUAGUGGUGUCAGUCGUGAAUCAGCUGGACAUGCAGGUGGUCGUAUCGAACGUCCCUCCGACUUAUGUGGAGAAAAACAAAGACGAGCUCCUCAGCAUUUUGGAACGCUACGUCCAGGAGCAGGUUCCGGGAGCAAAGGUUGUCGUGGAAACCAUCGGGCCCCAUCGCACGGUCGAUGGAAAGGAGCAGGACGACUACACCAAGUCGGACCUCAUGAUUUACGCCAUCGACCCGCUGACGAACAGGGCCGUUUCCAGACAGGAGCUCCACAAGUUUCUCGACGGUAAACUCUUGGACAUCAACAAAGAGUUCCAGCCCUUCCUCCCCCCCGGUGGACGGAUUCUGGAGAUCCGAACCCCUGUGGUGGUGACCAGCGUGAAGAAAGCCGUGCAGUCCGUCGGCUACACGGAGGGGGCGCUGUUGGCGCUGGCGGUUAUUAUCAUCAUCUGCUGCGUCCCCGCCAUACUGAUUGUCAUCAUCACCUACAGACAAUUCAAGGAACGCCAGGCCGAGUGUGCCAAAACGGCCCGUAUCCAGAUGGCGUUGCCAAUGGGCAAACCUGCGGGAGGAACUGCCAACAACCUGUAUGAAGAGCUGGGUGACAACGCCAUACGUGGCUAUGGACAACAGGAGACACAACAACUUCUCCGGCCUUCUCUGCUCAGACCAGAGGAGUUAUCCAUGGAAUCUGGCAUCGACCCCGGCCAGGACUACUACACGCAAGAUUAUUACAACUACGAUCACGGGUAUGACCUUCCUCAGUACGGCAGUCGCAGGAAAUUGAUCUCACCCUCCGGCCUUUUCGAUGAAUACGGAGAGGUCGUUGUUGACGAUGACGGGAGCUACUACUACAGCCCACAAGAGUCUGACGGAGAGAAGGGAUCCCCAAAACGUCGGAUCAAGCUGGUGGUGGACCGGGAGCACGAGACCAGCUCCACCGGGGAGGACAGCGCGCCGGAGACCCAGCGCGGCCGCACGCCCGCCGCCGGGCUCAACGGCCACGCCGACGCCAACCUCUACGUGGCCCAGAACGGCUCCGUCAUCCGCACCCGCCGCACCGUCAACACAACAGGUCCCCCGCACGCACACACACACAAGCCCGCCUCCCCCGGCUUCAGCUCACGGCUGGCCAAGCACUUUAAAAAUCUGGACAAAAUGUCCGCCACGCUGGAGGAAAGAGUGCCGCUGCGCACCUUCCAAAGCUCGGGGACGGCCGCUUCCUCUCUCUCCGACGCGGACAACCGGAAAACGCCGAGCGCGCUCAACGCCGGGCGAUCCCGAGCGUCUCUCGGGUCGACCGGCGGCGGAGCGUCCGGAUCGAACCCGCUCGACGAGGAGCCGCCCCGGAGCGCGGCGGGGGGAGACGAGUCCAAGGAAGGCGAGCGGGAGUCGGAGGUCGACGGCGGGAACGACGAAGACGAGGAUGGACUCGUAGCGGGGGAGCCGCUGGAGUGCCCGAGUGACAGAACGCAGUCGGACGAGGAAGAACUGUGGAUGGGCCCGUGGAACCGCCUCCACAUCCCCAUGACCAAACUGUGACUCCACGAGGCUCCCGAUCGGCCGGAUCGGCUCAGCGUUCACGCAUCAGAACUAACGGCGAUGCUCCGAUCCAAAUGGGCCCUAAUUAGCAUAUUGGUAAAAGGUGAAUUGGCAUAUUCUGCUGUAAGAUUCCUCACAUGUCAACAGAAAUAAUUAUAUUUAGAGUAACUUGGCAUCUAAUUGACUUUUUACAAAUUCACUCAUUAAAAGUGGAAAACAAAUAUUCCCCUUCAGCUCGGUUCUCGCCUCUUUGUUUGCUUCCCAUUCGCGGAGCAAACAAACAGCAGAUGCGUCGCCGGCGCUCACAGAACAGACGAAACAUUUGCGAUGGAAUCGCUGACUCCACCUUUUUAAACGGUUUGUUUCGGAGCCGCUGAAUAAUCCAGCGUCCCUGAAGCCCGACCGAUCCGACAGCUGCUACCCCCCUUUGUAAAACUAGACGAGAAGAAAAGGACUUGCUAUAUUUCUACUUUCCUACGAGAUAAUGAAGGAAACUUCAGGAAAAAGUCUGAACUUUGUCCGGCCCGUUAUCGACCGGCUCCGGGUGGAACUCACUCGUUUCAUUCGGUGUCGAGACUCAUCUGGAACUUUGCCGACACUUUGCAUCGACGCACGACGUCUCGUAUCGUUCAAACAUGCCUUUUUAUCCGUGUCGAGUUGCUUGACAAACAUCCAAAUAAAAGAUGA